AUUGUAGUUGCGGAAACAGUUCAAGAUCAGAACCAAAACACAGCAUCUUUUCGUAGAAAUCUGUUUCUUCUCGAUUACUCCGUAAGUUCGGCAACGUGGUGGUACCCACUCUGCAUAUUCCACUGGUAUCGUUGACUUUCGCAGUACGAGGUAGUAGGUACCCGACAAAAUAGAGUACUGUUGAGAAGUGGUACCAUCACAGAAACUAGCAUCGCGACAAUAGUCGAGUUCUGUGGCUCGUGCUCUGGUGAAAUCCUCGAAACCGUAUCAGAUUUCUCCACGGGCUGCUGCUGCAUUGUUAAUUUUCAAUGAUUCCAGCAAGAGAAAACAGCUGUAUUGUCGAGUGCGUGCAAAGAAACAUUGAGAAACAUCCGUGGAUUUUGGAGUGCCUUAAGUUAGCCAAGUACGGCAUCUACGCCAUUUCUCCAGUAUCUAUCUACAAAGUUAAGGGUUACUUGACCAGUUUGAUCCCUCUGUGAACACCAAUACUGGCUAUCGUAAAGAACUUAACUUCGAUCGUUUUGAUCUACCUGACGUUCGUGUGUUACACCGUGGUUUUUUUGAUACUACUAUUUUGGUAUUUGAAGUAUAUAAACGAGAUUUGAGACUGUGAAGAGGUCUGGUGCUUUGUUAUGUACUGAGAGUUCCCUAGGUCAUUCAGAGAAACUCGAAUAAAUUUUUAAAAUGAAAAGGCCUCCUGGAAUUUGGAUAUUACUAUCAGCAGGUGUCCUUUGGCUUAGUUUUCAAGAUGUCUAUGGAAUAAGAGCAACAUCGCUUAUAUUUGGUAAAUCCACAACAACUACUACAACUCCAGGACCAGUACCAAAUGUAACCGAUGGUAUCGAUACUGAGGUAGUCACGGAAUCCAGCACUGAUUCGAACGGUAAAAAUGUCACGAAACCUGCAUUAACUGGAAAUCCACAGCUUGAUUAUAUCCACGACCCCAACCUUCCUAAAGAGCUGAAUGGCUACAAUCUCUCAGAAUACCCCUUCUAUGAAAGGGUACCCGAUCCCGAAGAAAUUGACUUCAAGUGCGAUGGACUCCAUGAUGGAUUUUAUGCUAGUAUACCCUUCAAAUGCCAGGUUUACCAUCACUGUCUCUUUGGAACUAGAUAUGACUUCCUCUGUGCAAACUAUACGGCUUUCGAUCAGAAAACUUUCAUCUGCCAAUUUGUCUCCGAUGUAGAUUGCGUAGGCUCUAAAAAAUUUUGGCACAGAAACGAUGCCCUCUACCAAGCAGCAAGUACAACUACGUUGAAACCCUUGACCAUAUACACAACUGCCCCCCCAGCAAUUCCUGCUCCGCAGCAAGGAAAGGGUAUUCCAAGAUCUGGAGGAAAAAGGCGUAGACCACUUCUGCGAAGGCCUCAAUACGAUUAUUAUGAUGAUUAUUCCGAUUAUGAAGAAGACUAUUACGAAGAAAGACCAAGAUCGAAUAGAAGACGACGACCUCGUCCAAGGCCUAGGCCAAUAUAUGAAGACGAAUACGAUGAAGAAUAUGAGGACGAAGAGUAUGAGAGAAGAAAUCGAAGACCUUAUAAUAGACGAGGAUCAUCUGGUAGGAGAAAUAAGAACCGAAAUAAAAAUAGAGAUGCUGAUGAUGAUUAUAUAGAGAAACCAAAAGACAGAAAAAAAAGUGAUGAUGAAGACGAUGACUACAGACAAAAUGAAAGAAGAAAGCCUAGUAGAGAUAUUGAUAAUGAAGAUGAUAGACCGAAUGGAAAGAAGAAACCCCAACGUUAUGAUAAUGAGGACGGUAGAUCCAGAAGGCCAAUAAAAGAAGAUGACAUUGAGGAUGACAGAAAAAUCGAAAAACGAAAGCCAAUUCGUCAAGACAAUUUUGAAGAGGAUUACGAUUCCAGACGUCCAGUGAAAAAACCGAAAAGACCUCCACCAGAAGAUGACUAUGAAGAUAUUCCAAGGAACAGAGACAACAGACCUAGGAAAGGAAGUGCAGAUGAAAGUGAAACAUAUUCGAAAGGUAGUAAACCUUUGAUCGUUCCUACUACUGGUACAAUUUAUGACAAACCAAGAGUAGCUCCUAGAAUUAAACCUCCUGUACCGAAGAAUGAAGCGAAUAAAUACGCUUACAAACCUAUCAAAGCAACAACUCCAACAACAAUAGAGGAUGAGGAGUAUUACGACGAUUAUGAAGAAGAGCUAGCCACAAAACCUUCAAGAGGAAAAAAACCUCAAUCAGAUCCAAUAACACCAAAAUCGAGUGAAAUAAAAGAGAGAAAACAGAGUUUUUCUCCUUCCAGGAAUAGAAUGAAAGUAAGCGUUGAUGAAGAAUCAUCAGCAAAUAGAAUAAAAGUCAAACUUAUAGAUGAAGAAGCAUCUAGUACAAGAAAUAAAGCAACUUCAAAUGAAGAAGACGAUGUCGUUACACUCUCUCCUAAAAAAGGGAACAGAGGAAAAGAUAGAUAUCGUAAUAGGUCAAAUACUAAAUCUUCAGAAUCUAUUUCUGAAGACAAGAAAGUCGAUGAAGAAGAUACAAAGAAAAUUGAACAGAAUAAAAGUUCUGUGAACAGUAAAAAGUAUCCAGACCCUGAAUAUUAUGAUAGUGAAUAUGAAUCAGAGAAAACUAAGGAAGAACUUCCAAAUAACAAUGAAACUCCUAGAAAAAGAUUCAGACCUUCAGAAUCCAGUAUAUCGAGUACAACUCCUAAAUUACUCUUUAGGAAACCAACAGCACCAUCAACAGAACUUCGUAAAGAGAGACCUGAUCAAAUUGUGAGAAUUGUAAAAAGACCUUUUUUACCAAGUAGAGGGGGUAAUCCUUAUGUAGCAAGAGGCUUGCAGCCCGUUGGUUUCAAGGCUGCUAAGCAAGAAAUUGAAGAGGAAACACAAAAAAAAGAUAAUGACAACGAAAACUCAAAAUUAUUAUACGCAGAUGAACAACUACAACAAAUUAAUACAAAACCAAGAUAUAACCCAGGAAGUGAACCAUCAGGGUUUGAAAUCAGUGAAAAUUCAAAGUCAAAUAUUGAUAAUGUAAGAGGAAAACCACUAAGGAAUUCGGUCAAGACUAAAUUCAGCGAACCGAUAUCUGAAGAUGAUGAUGAUUUCAAACCGAUGAAAAGGCCAACAAGGCCUUCUUACGAUGGUGGUAAUUAUGGGGGCCCUAGAACUACUCAAAAACCAAAAGUUCCUGAUAGAAAUCCUUUGGAUAUCAAUGAACAAGAGUAUGAUGUCACACUAAACGACGCUCUUAAUCCAACAUUACCGAAUUUGCCCUUGAAAACCAAUUUUCCAACAGGAUUCAGUCCAGCAAAUGAUUAUACAUUCAGUGCAUUCCAACGUCCUAGAUAUGUUAUAGAACCCAUAUUGAGCUCAGCUAACGCUGAAUAUGUUUACCAACCUAAGCAAAUUGCUGUUGAACAACAAUACGAGACAGUUCCUCAAUCAUAUAGUUCUAGAGGAGAAUUUUUACCAAAUCCAAAUUAUUAUCCCAGAAUUGUGGGAGCCAAUGGAAAGCGAGGAGUCGCCCAAACUCAGUCGCAACCUUAUUACUGAAGCCAUAUCAGAUCACAUUUAAGGUUGAAAAGUCAAAAUCGAAAUUGUAUGGUUGUGCUGAAAUGAUAUUAAACUAAGUAAAUUAAUUAAUGGAGUUAAGUAUUUGUACACAUUAAAAAUACUCGUGUAAGAUCUAUGAUAAGAUAUGUAAAAAUUAAAUUAUAGAAAAUAAAACCCCAAAAUGAAA